UUCAAGCAAAAUUCAUUAAAAGUAUAGUAGAAUGAAAUUGGCUUACAGGUUAUACGUAGGUAGUUCUCCAUCUUUUGCAGGUAGUACCCCUUGAGGGCUUGACCAUGGUUCCAAAUUUUAGGCUGGUUUCUUGCCACGAGGUUUAUAAAAUUCCAAUAUGGUGUAAGUAAAACUAUAAUAUUGCAAGAUGUAAGAGUCAAAGAAGAAAGAGAAGUAGCUAAAAAUAGGUAAUAAAGGCAUAUAUUUAUGAUGUCGUUUGGACAUUGAGGUAUUGCUUUUUGGUUCUUGCUAGAGGAGAGAGAUGGCAAUGGAGGUGGAAGCUGGCAGGAAACCUCAAUCACGAUUGCCUGAGAAACUUCAGGCCGCAACCAAUCUAGAAGAUGAAGUAGAUGACAAUCCCAUUGAAGAAGUUAGGCUCACGGUUCCAAUUACAGAUGACCCGACAGAACCAGCUUUAACAUUUCGGACAUGGGUUCUUGGUCUAAUAUCUUGUUGCAUUCUUGCCUUUGUGAACCAAUUCUUUGCCUAUCGUCAGAAUCAGCUCUCUAUCUCAUCAAUAUCAGCACAAAUCCUUGUUCUCCCUGUAGGAAAGCUAAUGGCUGCAACUCUGCCAGAAACCAAAAUUCGAGUUCCAUUCACACAGUGGUCAUUCUCAUUGAAUCCAGGGCCAUUCACUUUGAAAGAACAUGUGCUGAUAACUAUAUUUGCCAACUGUGGAGCUGGUGGUGUUUAUGCAGUAAAUAUCAUCACAAUUGUCAAGGCUUUCUACCACAGGACAUUGCAUCCAGUUGCAGCCAUGUUGCUAGCGCAAACUACACAGCUGCUUGGAUACGGAUGGGCUGGCGUUUUCAGAAAAUUCCUAGUUGAUUCACCUUACUUGUGGUGGCCAGCAAACCUGGUCCAAGUUUCUUUGUUCAGGACAUUACAUGAGAAGGAAAAGAGAGACAAGAGGGGACAUACAAGGCUACAAUUCUUCAUCAUGGUUUUCAUAUCAAGCUUUAGUUACUACAUCUUACCAGGCUAUCUUUUCCAAUCAAUAUCAGCUGUGUCCUUUGUUUGCUGGAUUUGGAAGGAUUCUGUCACUGUACAGCAGAUAGGAUCAGGCCUAAACGGCUUUGGCAUUGGCUCUUUUGGUUUUGAUUGGUCCACCGUUGCAGCCUUCUUGGGAAGCCCUCUUGCCACACCCUUAUUUGCCAUACUCAACAUAUUAUUUGGGUUCUUCUUGUUUCUCUAUGUUCUUAUUCCCAUUGCUUACUGGUCAAACUCAUACCAAGCUAGACGAUUUCCCUUGAUUUCUUCUCAUACUUUUGAUGCUGCUGGUCAACCUUACAACAUUACUAGAAUUCUGAAUCAGAAAACUUUUGACAUCAAUCUGCCAGAGUAUGACAAUUAUAGCAAACUCUAUUUGAGUAUCACAUUUGCUUUCCUAUAUGGGUUGAGCUUUGCAACUCUCACGGCCACCAUUUCCCAUGUCGCCCUGUUUGAGGGAAAAACAAUCUGGAAAUUAUGGAGAAAGACGACAUAUGCUGUGAAAGACAAUCUUUCAGAUGUGCAUACAAGGCUGAUGAAGAAGAAUUAUGAGGCAGUCCCUGAAUGUUGGUUUCAUGUUAUAUUAAUUUCAAUUGUGGCCCUUUCCGUCUUUGCCUGUGAAGGUUUUGGCAAACAGCUGCAGCUUCCAUGGUGGGGAGUUUUGCUAGCUUGCGCAAUUUCACUAUUUUUUACCUUACCUAUUGGGAUAAUUCAAGCUACAACGAACAUGCAACCGGGGCUGAAUGUGAUCACCGAAUUGGUUAUUGGGUACAUUUAUCCCGGCAAGCCUCUUGCAAAUGUUGCUUUCAAGACUUACGGCUAUAUCAGUAUGGUACAAGCUCUGAACUUGCUUGGGGACUUCAAAUUAGAUCACUAUAUGAAGAUCCCUCCCAAAUCGAUGUUCAUUGUACAGUUUUUCGGAACUAUAGUUGCUUCAACUUGCUACUUUACAACAGCAUGGUGGCUUCUGUCGAGUAUUAAGCACAUAUGUGAUCCUGAUUUGUUGCCCGAGGGGAGUCCCUGGACAUGCCCUGGUGAUGAUGUAUUUUACCAUGCUUCAAUCAUUUGGGGGAUUGUGUCCGCUAAGAAUGUUCACAAACAAUGCAACUACCCGCAGAUGAACUGGUUUUUUCUGAUUGGCUUGCUUGCCCCUGUUCCGGUAUGGUGGCUAUCACGCAAAUUCCCCGAGAAGAGAUGGAUCAGGCUAAUACACAUGCCAAUGAUCCUUGGAGCUACACAGGGCAUGCCACCAGCUAAAGCUGUGCAUUUUAUUUGUUGGGGAACUGUUGGAAUUUUCUUUAACUGGUACGUGUAUAAUAGGUACAGGGGAUGGUGGGCUAAGCAUACUUAUACCUUAUUUGCUGCUCUGGAUGCUGGGGUUGCCUUCGUGGGAGUACUCCUUUACUUCACCCUUCAAUCCCAUGAUAUCAUCGGCCCAGAUUGGUGGGGUCUGGAAGCCAGUGACCAUUGCCCAUUGGCACAUUGUCCCACGGCAGCAGGGAUUAUGUCUGCAGGAUGCCCUGUUCUUUAAAACUCCUUCAACAA